AUGGCGCAGAGGUACCCUUUUGGAGUUUUAGGCGAUUCGUCGCUGUACUGCAAGGGCCCCAACAAGAAGCCCAGGAAGCUGGGAAACCGUCUGCAGGAGCUGCUUGGUGCCAGCGUCUGGUACGAGGCGAUAGCGUGUGCAGGUGUGGCCCAACUCCUUCACAGGAUCCGAUCAGGUCCUGAAGUUGGCACGCUGGGUGUGUCCUACUUCGGGAACGACAUCAUGCUCGGCCCGAUCAAAGAGCAAGUGGAGGCAGACUGGAGGGAGUUCAUACGUGCCGUGAAGCUGAAAUCGCAACAGGCUGUUUUCGUGAUCGGUGGCUUUGCCGCGAAGUAUCGGGGCCUGGAGCUCUCCGCAGACUAUGACCACAACCUCGAAUAUGUGAGGAGUCUCGUGGAGAGCGAAGGUUUCUACGUGACAGACUUACGGCAGAAGGUGCAGAAGUGGAGGCUCUGCAGCGAUGGCGUCCACUGGCACGACGAUGAAAAGGAGGACGUCUGCGCCACCUGGGUCCGCCUGCUGCAGGGCGAAGUCUUCGAAGCUCCCUUCCCCGACUUCCCGGAGGAGACCGAGGCGGUCGAGGAGGACUCCAUGGACUCCUUGGAGUCGCUGCCCAAGCGGCCUUUGCCUCUGGAGGACUCGGAGAGGCAAGCCAAGACCAAGACCUUCUCCGUCACGGUCUUCCGCCAGAAUCCUUAUGAUAGGCUCGGGAUCCGUAUGGAGGCCGUCUCUGGAGAAGGCUACAGCUCUGCAGCUCGCGUGCGGAAGAUCCUGGAAGGUGGCCUCAUCGACCGAUGGAACCGGAUGCAAGAGGAGAAUGGCCUCCACGGAUGGGGAGUCCAGGUCGACGAUGUCAUCAUCGGCAUGAACGGGCAGCACGAGUUCUCAACAAGCAGCCUGGAAUUUCAGACCGCCACCGUGCUCAACCUACUGGUCAUGCGGGACACGUCUUACAUAGAAGCCUAA